AUGGCUUCAUCCGAAACCGGAGGCGUUAAGCCGAUGUCCAUUACGGGCCGUAUGGUCCGUGAGCGAGAGCGGCUGCUGGGCAUGAGCCCUGAAGAACGUGCCUGGAGAGCGCAGUGGCUGAAGGAUCAGCAUCUAUCCCCGAACGAACCGAAGUACGUGCCGGAGUACUGGAAGGAACGAUACAAUCCCAUUCGCCGUGCCUACCGUGCCCCACUCAAUAUGGUCCAGAACGUGCUUACGCCGGUUAUUGGUCUUGAAUGGGCACACGCUGUUCGUUUCUGGACGGGCAAGAUUGCAUUGAGUGCGUUCGUUGUUCUCUCGACUGCUUACUACUUCAAGUACAACCAGAAUGAUUGGACUCGUAAGGGCGGUUGGCGUGUGAUUCAUUCGCGUGAAGCUGUUGUACCAGGAGAUCCAGGUUAUCCGAACUUCCCGAAGCGCGAUUCUCCGGCCGACUAUGCUGCCAGAGGCUUCAAACAGUCGCCCAUCUAAAUGUUUACGGAUUGCAACGAAUUAAGUGGUUGAUUUGCAUGUAGAUACUAAAUAAUAAAAACGGCACGAUGCUAA